AUGAAUCAGAAUUCCAACAAGCUUCCAACAAGCUUCUAUCGGAAGAGGUGGGAAGAUAACAAAAAAGAGAAAAUCAAUGCAAGUGGGUGCUUUAGAUAGAUCCAUCUCCCAAAAAACUCACCUGCUCUCUUGAUCUCUACAUUGUCUGACGCUCUUCCGUCUCUGAUCUCACCGAAUCUCGCCACUGGCCGAUGUUCCGUGCCAGUGAUCUUGCUGUCACCGUCUCUCUCGCUGUUCACCUGCUACCACUGCUCCCAACGCUAUGGAGAAUCUCCCAGUAGUUACACUGUCAUCGGAUCUGUGAAUGGCUUAAUAUGCUUUUACUACAAAUCAUACAAUGAUGAUUAUCUCAUUCAUAUUUGGAACCCUUCUGUGUCCGCUGUGUUAACUCUCCCCCCAUCUUCAGCGUCCACCCCUAUAUCAAAAAAAAUCUAUUUAAGAUUUGGAUUUGAUCCCAAAACCGAUGAUUACAAAGUUGUUAAGUUUACAAGCCUUUUCCAACCAUCCAACGAGGUAGCGAAAGGUGAGGUUUAUAGCAUGAGAAAGAGUUCCUGGGAGUUGAUAAGUCAAAGGCUUCCGCCGUAUGUCAUUUCCAAUCAAAACAAAGUUGAUGUAGAUGACAUUGACAGCUAUCUUCAUUGGCUUUCUUAUAUUGAUAAGGAGAUGAACGCAUGUAUAAUAGUCCCAUUUGAUUUGGGUGCAGAGACAUUUUGUGAGAUCCCUCUUCCAGAUUCUACACUAGAUAACACUCGUUGGUAUAAUGUUGUAGGAGUUUUGUUUGGAAAACUUUGUGUGAUGUCAAGAGGCAAAGGUGGUAAAUGUGAGGUGUGGGUGAUGGAGGAGUAUAGGGUAGCAGCAUCAUGGGUGAAACGCCAUGUCUUUUCUCAUUUGAGUGGUGGUAUAAUCCCAUAUGGAAUCACAUUACACAAUGAGUUUCUUCUUAUAGUUGAUGGUGGUUUUUGUUUGUAUGAUCCAAUUUCAGCCAAAAAUAAAACCUUUGAGAUUAAGGGUAGAAUACACAUUACUAAAGUUGUGGAGUAUAUUGACAGUCUUGUUUGGGUAGCACCUGCCGAGCAUGCGCUGUCAAAAGGGCAUCUCUCGGUUUCUAAUUGGAAAAUGUAUCGGUUAUUAAAAGGACUACAAAAGGCAACAAAGGGCAUCUCUCAAUUUUUAUUUUGCAAAGGCAUCAAUUGUUAA